CAUACUCUGAACAGUAAGCCCACGAUGAUGAUCAAAAGGUUAUUAUUGUUAGCUAUCAGUACUACAAGUCUAUGUGUUUGUACGUAUGUUUAUUUCGAUGAAAAAAUAAGUUUUGAUGCUGCUGUGUUGAAGUGUAAAACACUUGGUAUGCAACUAGCCAUGGCAAAGACUAAAGAUACAUAUCUGACUCUGUUGAAUUUCAUUGAUACGAUUUCAGUCGACCAGGAAGGCUUGUGGUUUGGAUUAGAAUAUAAUUCUACCAUAAGCCGAUAUCAAUGGUUAAACGGUGAGUUAUUGGUAAGGGGAGACUGGAAUAACAAUCAAGCAGGCAACGGUGAUUGUGUAGUUUUCAGAAAUGAAAAUGCCAAGUGGUUGACGGGAGGAUGUGGUGUAGCUCGUCAAUAUCUUUGUGAAAAAGUUGGCCAUGAUCCAAGAUUUAUUGUAUUUCUUAGUACCAUUAAAGGAACAUUUGAAGAGGUCAAGCAAACGUGUUUAGAUAGAGGUUAUCGCAUACCUAUAGUUCCCACCGCCGACGAUAAGUUGGCGCUAAAACACUUCAUCUUAUAUCACCCCGUCACUAGAGAUGUAUUUCUUGGGAUAGAGAAAACUCCAGCUGGUAACUAUCAGUGGUUAGAUGGCGUAGAUGUCGAAUACUAUGCUUGGAAGGAUAUAGCCAAUUGUCCUCUAAACAUCAACAUUCAACAUGAUGGCUUCCAUUGUGGAAAUGAUGUACCCAGACCAUAUAUCUGUGAACAUAAUGUAUCAAUGAGUUCCCAGCAGCCUUUGGCCACACUGAUUUCCACAACCGUCAACAUCCCAGCUGUACCUCUACAAGAACAUGAUGUUAUGAUAACAACACAAUGUGCUAUGCUAUGUAAUGCUAACAUACAAUGUUAUUAUUUUACAUUUAAAUUACAACAAUGUCAUCUUUAUGGUAACCUUGACUACAUAGUAACCGGAAGUGGUGACCAUUCCUUGUGGUCCAGUAUGAUCUAAUCAAUUGUAUGUAAUUGUACAAGGAGAGGAGUCAUAUAGACUAUGAACAUUCCUCAAUCCUGUUCAUUCUUU